CCAGGUAUCGGGGUGAUCAGCCUGGAGCGAGCCUACCCUCUGACUCUGGGCUCUAAUAUUGGAACGACCACCACGGCUAUCCUGGCUGCGAUGGCCAGCCCCGGAGAAACGCUCAACAACUCUCUGCAGAUCGCUCUGUGCCACUUCUUCUUCAACAUCAUGGGGAUCAUGCUCUGGUACCCGAUCCCCUUCACGCGUAUUCCCAUCCGUCUGGCCCGCGGCCUGGGGAACCACACGGCUCAGUACCGCUGGUUCGCUGCUGUCUACCUCGUCAUCUGCUUCCUGGUGCUUCCUCUGAGCAUCUUCGGCCUCUCUAUGGCGGGAUGGCAGGUCCUGGUGGGCGUCGGCGUGCCCAUCGUGGCGCUGGUGAUCUUCGUAAUCGUCGUAAACGUGAUGCAGUCGCAAUGUGAACGUUUCCUGCCUCGGAUACUGCGGAGCUGGGAGUUCCUUCCUCGUCCGCUUCACUCCAUGGAGCCGUGGGACGCCGUGGUGCAGUCCAUGUUCGGGUUCUGCGGGCGGAGAUGCUGCUGCUGCUGCAAAUGCUGCCGGACGGAGGAGGAGGAUGAGGAGAAGAUGAAGAGGAGGAACAGCAAGAAGAGUUUGGAGAUGUACGACAAUCACGGCAUGUCGAGAGACGAAGACACGGUGGAGACGGUGAAAGCAACGAAUCUCUAAAACCAGAUCUCUGACGUCCGGCUGAGAGAUGCUUCAGAAUCUCUAAAACCAGAGUUCACCACUUAUUUUUAUAUUGUUUGUUG